AUGACACAAAACCACUCAUCCCAGAGCUCUCGCCGCUCGAGCCUCCUCAGCAGCUUGGCCAGCAGCUUCUCCAAAACCUCAAGCAAUAGUUCCAGCUCCAAGACAUCCACCAAGACAUCGACCUCCGGGUCCACCAGCACUCACUCUUCGAGCGGCUCAAACUACUCGUCAAGCUACCCCUACUCUUCGGGAUACUGGGCCGAGUCGGACGGGUCGAUCUACGGCGCCUUCACCCCUGGGGUGUUCGGACUGCUCCCCGACCCGUCCAACUAUCUCCGCGACCCCACCAAGUACCUCAUGAACGGGCAGCACCGCACGGCGGCCCAUCCCUACGUCGCUGAAUCGCAGCGCGACAUCCGCAUCCAACUUCGCACGACCACGACGACUCACACCGUUGCUGGGUUUGAGGUAACCAAGGUCGUGAAGCGGUACACGUUCCCCGAUGGGAGUGUGCAUGAGACAACGCACACGCGCAGCGAGGCGUAUGGCGACGAGGCGAACAUCAGGGAGCUGAGGAAGUACCUAGGCCAGAACUAG